AAGAAGGCAGUAGAUAGGAGUGAGUCCUCUUGCUCCGCUUGAAUAAUCUUUGGUUACAGACCCGAGCAGCUGUCAAUGCACAGCACAGAGCGUCACGACGAGCAGGAGCCUUUGUGGACGAGCAGAGAGGCUUUAAAAUGCAGCUCAGCGCCGUUUUCGUAGUUUAUCACGCUGUCGCAUGUGUAGUACGUGACAGGUCUCAAACCUUAUUAUAUAGCGUGUUAUAACCGAAGCGGAGAGGUAGUGACUUUUUCCGGGUGUUUUUUUUUUUUUUGUGUCCUUAAAGCUGACGGCGGAGCGCUGUCUGCGGUGUGCACGGUCCAUCCAACGGGACUUGUCCAGACAUGAGUAACGUUAAUCUCAUUUUUUGGGACCAGUUGCAGGCUGGCAGCUCCGAGGUGGACUGGUGUGAAGGCAAUUACCUGAUAUACCCCACCAUCGCUGAAUUUUACAACACGAUCAGCAACAUUUUGUUUUUUGUUUUGCCGCCCAUAUUAAUGUGCUUGUUCCGCCAAUAUGCAACACAUUUCAACAGUGGGAUUUACCUCAUAUGGAUUCUUCUCGUUGUUGUUGGGAUCGGCUCUACAUAUUUUCAUGCAACCCUCAGCUUCCUCGGCCAGAUGCUGGAUGAGUUGGCCAUCUUGUGGGUGCUCAUGUGUGCCAUCGCUAUGUGGUUUCCUAAAAGAUACUUACCCAAGAUGUUUAGGAGGGACCGGUCAAGGUUCAAAGUGGUCAUUGGCAUCUUGUCAGGGAUCACCACUGGGCUGGCCUUCGUCAAACCUGUUGUCAACUCAUUGUCACUAAUGACCCUGGGCAUCCCCUGCACUGCGCUGCUCAUUACUGAGCUGAAAAGGUGUGAAAACCCUAGAGUGUUCAAGCUGGGCCUGAUCUCAGGGAUCUGGUGGGCACUGGCUCUGCUAUGCUGGAUCAGUGACAGGAUAUUCUGUGAAAUGUGGUCGUCUGUCAACUUUCCUUACCUACACUGUGCUUGGCACAUCCUUAUAUGUAUUGCUUCCUACCUUGGCUGUGUUUGCUUCGCCUACUUUGAUGUUGCGACCGAGGCCCCUGAGCGAGGCCCCGUCAUCAUGUUCUGGCCCAACGAGAAGUGGGCCUUCAUCGGCGUGCCGUACGUUUCUUUACUCUGCGUCCACAAAAAGUCUGCGAUCAAGGUGACAUAAAAUGAGUUGAGUCUGCUACGUUGCUGGUCAGGCUUUAACAUUUCUCACCGGGUGUAUCCAAACCACAAGAUACAACACUACGUCAGUGAGUCAGGUAGCAUCCCCUGGUGCUCUCUUUCAUGUUGGGGUGAUGCUGGUGAUACACAUUCUGGUAACUGUGAGGAUUAUCAUAUCCAGUUUAAACUUUCUCUGGUCUGGUUUUAACCACACAGCAGCGUUUAUGCAACUCUGUCAAAAAACAAAAGAGGUCAAAGAUGAGUUAAACAUGAUACAGAGUGACUUUAAAGAACAGUAUCAAAGCCAAGAUACCUUUACAGUGUUUCAAACCCCUCCUCAGGCUUUCUGUAGGCGAUCAUGUAAGUGUGAGUAUUAUGCAUUUCAAGCUUCUUUCGAAAGAAGUUUUUGUAUAUUUUAUAGUAACUCAGAAAACCUCAAUAUAAAGCAUUGUGUUGCUUUUCUCAGUAUGAGCAUAGCAUCUUAUAGGUGCAGUCUGGCCGUUAUGAAAACACGUUAAGGCACUGGAUCAUUAACUGUGAUUAAUGUAUAAAGUAUUAAAGCUUCUUAUUAUGUUGCUAAGCCAAUCUUACUUUAUCCUACGAACCAACAAGCUAUUUAAAGAUGUUACAAAAGUGUUAUAAAAGACUCUUUUCUGGACUCCAUUUCACAAAAAGCCAUAUGUGUUUUCAAUACAUCAUGGAUUCAGGCUGUUACAGCUGCCCUCUCUGUCAACAAACCUUUUUAUUAACAUGGUCAGGAAAACUGUAGGCUUCUGUUUGUCUGUUGUUUGUGUGCUCUGUUUUACUUCCAGCAUGUCAUCUGUGAGUGUCAGUAUAGAUGUGUUUAAUAUAUUCUUGUAUAUAGUUGAACUAACAAUAUAAUAUGCAAUACAUUUCUAAUCAGAAAGUAUAGGAUCCAGUAUUGAUCGAUGAAUAGGUACACUUUGAUGUUGGCCAAAACUCACAGUAGAAAAAAAGAAUGUGAAAUCAAAAUGUAAUGAAACACGAUUGACUAUUCAAGUAAAUAAUUAUGUACUUUGCACAAAAUGAACAAUGGUUCUCAAAGCCCUUUGCCAAACACAUUCUGUGUAGCAUUUUGAAUUGUAAUUUCAAUUACUUUACUUAAAUACUGGCUUGUUUUUGUUGAGAUUUAAAGGACCUGUGUGCAAGAUUUAGAUGCAUCCAUUGGCAGAAAUGGAAUAAUAAUAUAUUCUUUAGUUUGUUUUUGUCAGUGUUUAAUUGCUGGAAAAUAACAAACGUACCCCCCCCCCCCCGAAUGAGCUCUUUUUAUCUACCAAGAAUGUUAUUUUUACCAUGACUCAGAAAGGACAAACCAAACACUGAUACUAGAUAAGGUCUUUCAAAUUUUAACUUGUAUGCAGCCACAUUCGUCUAGACUACACGCUGAAAGGAAGAGGAGGUUGUUCGUUGGUUGCAAUCUGAAAUCUCACAGCUAGAUGCCACUAAAUCCUUCACAUUGGUCUUUUAAAGCUGAACCUUUCACAGCAUAUGUAGUUUCCAUCUAGAUGUCUGAACUCCUAAAUGCCUCUUCAGGGUUAUUUACUUCAGUCUCAGUAUUCUAGACUUUGUGCUAAACUUUUCAAAACUGUUCAAAAAGCCUUAAACAAACAAAACAAUGGACUUCAAAAGGAAAGACGAUGCAGUUAACAUGUCCUUUUGUCAUGUGUCUAAAGAAAAAGGGGAAAUCCAGUGUAGUGAUUGUGUUUAAUAUGAUGGGAAUGACAUUUUGGUUAUAGGGGUUUAAAUUGUUGAACAGAUUAGGUUUACAACUCUGACCUCAAACCUAGUUUAAUCUGUCAGUGUUUAUUUUAAAGACAGGAAUAGAACAUCUGUAUGUGGAAUUAAAAAAAGGGAAGCAUGGGGUGUGUUGCAAAGCUAAACCCUGACUCUAAAAGAGAAGGAUCACCAAAGCUUUUUUCAACGCUAACCAUUGUUUUAAUUGUUGUUCUUGAAAACUGCCUCAAGCUGUUGAACUAAUAUUAUUUUACGCCUGUGCUCCCGCAGAGGGAACUCAAACCAAUACAAAUUCUCAAGCACACAGUAAGGGUCAAAUGAAGAAUCAUAGUAUUCACAUAUUUUUUUAACAAUAUGAAGUAUUUUGUAAAAUCCAAAUCAAGUUUAUAUUUUUCUAAGUGAACUGCAGCCAAAAGUUAAGGAUGCAUUGUAGUUGAUGUUGCAUGCAUACUACCUUUGUUUUGCCAAACAUUGUUAGAAAUGGUUUUUUUUGUUUUUUUUAUGUUGCUUCAGGAGAAACUUUCUAAACAGUAUUGACAAUGUGAACAAAGCUAUUGCAGUGCCCAAAUAUACCAGCACAAUGCUGCAUAUUUCUAUUAAAUAAUGCAUCUAAUCUAUGUUUGUGGAUUGUUAGUAUUAAUGAGUGAGGGAAUCCGCCUCAGAUAACAGUUUGUUUGAACAGGUCAGCUUGUUAACUGCUGCCCGCUGCAUUGUGUAAUAUGUAUUUUGCCUGAGGUGUCAUUAUGAUUUGAAAUUAAUGACUUGUCUUUCUAUAAAAAAGGACUUACAUGGGUAUGUAAAUCUCUUUAAUCUGCCUGCAUUGACAAUACGUACAAAAAAAACCUGCACAGAAAUAUUUAUUUUUCAUAAUUUAUCCUGUUUUGUAAACAAAUGUUUGUAAUAGAUUAGAACAUUAGUACCUUUAUUUUGUUUUAUUGAAAUAAACGCAUCUAAUACUCAGA